AUGGCCCGGCUGGCAGCGCUCUGGCUCUUACCACAAGGAGGCUUCGGCCUGGAGGCUCCAUGGAUGCUCCAGGAGAAGCUGCAGAAAGCCAAAGAACUUCUGGAGUUUGCCUUUCGCAAGCCCAACGUGGUGGAUCCGAUGGGCGCCAAUUCCAUCAUCCUCGCCCUCGAACAGCUCGAAGAGGUGGGCACGUACACGACCCGCAUCAUGGAAGCAGGAUACGUCAAGCAGAUCUACAGUGCUGCAGGCGAGCUGGUCUACGAGCUCUCAGAAGGCGAUCAAUGGGCAGUCCAGGAGUACACCCUGAAGUACAUCUUCGUGCUUGGUGAUCUCCUUCCACUCGUGCUUAUGCAGCCCGAGGAGAUCCUCGACACAUUGGCGAAGGAGCGCGGCCAUCCUCUGUUGCGGCGCCGACGGAUCCUUUCCACGCUGCGCGUUUCCUGGUGGAGUAUGCUGGCAAAUACCAGCACCUGGGCCGUCCCUUUCUUUGGCAGCCUGGCGGCCGUUGAAAAGGCACUCCAUGCGGGGCUGCCCCCGCACUCCGAGCCCUAUCGGGAGGAGCUUCUGGAACCUUCCAUCCCUUGGCCAACCUCUCAGAGGGUUUUGGGUGCUCACGCGCGUGUGAGAGGGGAGCCUUUUCUGAGCUACGCACUCUCCCGAGAGGAGACCUUUCGGAAAGCCUGCGCUUGGCUGGCGGCUGCUCGGAGCAAGUCGGCCAUCGAGGUGGCGGAGCGGCACUUCCGUACUUUCUACGAGGAAUCGCUGGGGCGGGUGCUCCACGCAGCCGCCAGAUGGCCCGUCUUUGCUCUGCUACACCGCCUGUCACUAAAGCCUCGCCUGGAGAACGACGACCCUUUGUCGGCGGAACCUGUGGUGGAGGCUCUGGAGGAGGAACUGAGUGUGGAGGAUGAGAAUGAGAGUCUGAGUGAGACCGGGAGCGAAGCAGCGGGGGACCAAAGGCUGCCCCCCGCCAAAGCGCUGGAGUUCUACCGGAUCUACCAUGUCAUGACUCGACUCUUCGACGAGAUGGAUGUGCAGUGGUGGGUCAGCCACGGGACACUGAUUGGGGCCCUGCGAGAUGGCGGCCUCAGCCGACAUGCCGACGAUUUGGAGGUGGACGUGCCAGAGAGGGACGUGGAGACAAUUCAGGGCAGCCAGAUGCGGGCGGCGCUCGGCCGGAACGGCCUUGAAUUGAGCUACGAUCCACGAGGCAGAUGCUUCAAAGUCUGGCCAACUGGAUCCACGAAGGCCUCGGAGAAUGACGAAGUGCAGCUCAUGGACCAAAGCUGGUGGCUGCCGCAGCAGCGCGUUGGCACACCUGCACUCGACAUCUAUGUGAUGCAGACACCGAGUGACGCCGGAGGUGAGCGAUACUACAUCUCCAACGAUUUGUUCCACUGCAAUCCGCGCAGUUGCAGGCGGUACUGGCUCAAUACCGAGCUGGCAGCGUUCUAUGAAGUACCUUUUGGCCAAAGUCCCAUGCUGAGCUGA